AAAAAAAAGAAAAAAAAAGUGAGGUGGGGGGAAAGCACGUCAAGCUCUGCUCUCUAGCUAGACGGCUCGGCCGAUCAGAGCUUGUGCUGGUACAUUUCAUUUAGCUCAGCCGGAGAAGAAGAACAUCAUUUUUGACCACAGAUAAAUAGAUUUCAACCGACUCUUGAACACAGUGAGCGGAACAGACAUCAGAUCUCUCGUCUUCUCUCUCUUCAUCAGGCUGAUAAGGAAACCCAGAUGGACAACAGGAACACGUCUGAUGACAAGCCCGUUCAGCGUUCUAAGUCUUUCAGUUUCAAGACACAGAAAGAGACCUGUGCAUCAUGUGAGAAGACAGUGUAUCCGAUGGAAAGAUUGGUGGCCAACAACCUCAUCUUCCACGCCACAUGCUUCUGCUGCAAGCACUGCAACACCAAACUCAGUCUGGGAAGCUAUGCAGCACUGCAGGGGGAGUUUUACUGCAAACCACACUUCCAGCAGCUCUUCAAGAGUAAAGGGAACUACGACGAGGGGUUCGGACGCAAGCAGCAUAAGGAGCUCUGGGCCUCUAAGGAUGCAGAGAGCAUCACCAAGUCGGCAUAAUCCUCAGUGAUUUCCAAAACUCACCUCUCCCUCCACUGGCCAAUGAUGAUGACCCUUUAUUUACUCUGCCCACACACAAUAAAUACACACAUGCAUACACAUGUAGACACACUUGAGCCAGGCUCUUCAUGAUGUAACACAAUCACUGAUAUUUUACCAUGUCACAAAUAAUAUACCCCCCAACACCAAUUUUUAUUUAGCUGUCAUUUUGUGUCCAUUUCUUUUCAUCUAGUGUUGUGGAGUUAAGUUAGUUGAUUGUGACCAAAAUGUUUGUAUCCCCAUAGGUUGUUAGCAUCAUUACGAUCAAGUGUGGCAGUACUAGUAUUGUAUGUUUUGUCGUAAGAAUUGUUUCAAGAUGGUUUCGAUUAUACACUCAGGUAAUGAUUCUGUGGUGUUGUAUCAAAUUAUUCAUCAGUCUUUUAUGUUCAUAGUCGAAUUAAGUGCUUUUUUUUCUUCUUUUUUUAAUGAUUGAUGUGUCCUAGUACUGCGAUCUGUACUGUUUUCAGACUAUAUGGCCUAACAAUGUUCCUUACAAUGGGAAAACUGUCUUGUUUAUUUUUUAUUUUUUGCUUUGCUGGGACAGGACAUUUUGUGUGAAUCUACAGGGUACACUGUACUGUAAAGAACUCGCUUGAGUUUACAUCCCCCUCAUUCCUUUUCUUUAUCCUUCCUUUUCUUUUGGCAUUAAGAAUUAGUAGUACUUAACAGAUCCUGUAAGAUUGGCCUCUGCAAACUCUCUUCAAAUAAUAUCAUUAUUAUUAUUCUGAAGCAUUGAUAUCCUUAUCAAAUAUAAUUAUAAUCAUUAUAAAAGUAUUUGAGAUCAUAUUCCCUUUGCUUAAGAUUGACCAUUUUUAGUUCAUUUUAUAAAUUGAGACCUAGACUUUGCACAGUCUUAUGUGGUCUCUCUUUUUUGGCGGCCUCUAGUGUUUUGAAUGCUUUUCCUUAAACGUUAGUUGUUCUUUUAGAAACUCAAUGCUGUCUAGUGGUGUCUAUGCGCUCAUCAUAUCAAUCAUAGAUAAGCCGCUUAUAUCAUAUUUUAGUCAUUUUAGUGUUUUUCUGCGAACUGCACAUUCGAACAUUCACAUCUUUUAUUUGUGUUGUUGCUCAGUGAUUUCUUGCAUAGGCAUUUGUACAUAAGUACCACUAAGCAGAGUGAAUGUACUGUGAUGCACUGUACUGUACUUAUGCCUUGCUGCAUGGGACCAAGCUUGUUUGACAAAUUAAGAUAUUCACAGGGAACUAGGUCUCAGAGGAAAUGACAUUUAUGAUGUUUCGCACCAUUGCCUUUCCCCCCCUUACACCACUUCCUGUCAUCACAUAGUUGUUGGCUUUUUCCUGUAGGUUUCUCUGUGACAUGGUUUGCUAGGACUUUGAGUACAUACGUAAACGUGUGGCUCCUAAGUAUUGCUCAGGAUUAUAGAUGGGUCACAAUGAUCCAACAGCGUCACCCCUAUUGUUCAUUGUUAAAAGCUGUUGUUCAAUUGAACGCUGUUCACUAAAUAAAUCAUUUUUACACUCGAAAUUGUUACACAGUUAGGGUUUGAGCAGGAAUUGGAGUGAUAUACAUCCAAAUGAAGACUUCCAUCCUAGGUUUUAUUUGCACAUGUCAGCGUGAAACUGCAACUCUGCAUCUUGUGAAUUGUCACUGUGGCCAUAUGCUGUGACCUCUCCUGUGGUUCGUGUAUUUGUGUACAAAUAUCAUCGAUGCCAUAAUGUAGUUUCUUUUAAUGAACGAAAUGCCUCUGUAUUUCAGUACUUUUGCUUUUUUUUUUUUUUUUUUUUUUUUGUGUAACAAACAGUUAGGCUAUUCGGAUGUCUGUAUAUGUUAAAUUCCUUGCGGAAGUGGUCUUUGAGAUUUGCCCUUCAUUUUAGUCCAUGAUAGUAGCUUGUUGUGUUUGCAAGUGUCUUGUCUGCCUUCCAGUGCAAUGGCCUUUUGUCUGUACAUUUGACAUGCGCCGUUUAGACUUGUUAAGCCAUUGAAAAUCAUCCAAAUAUUUUCAACAACUUGAAAGCCACAAAAGUCCCUGUGUAUUUAUAUAUUAAUGGUUACUGUGAAAUUGAAAUGCAUUGCGAGGUUUAGAGGAAUUAUUGAAAGCUGUGGGCAUGAACAGAAAUAAUAUUUUCAUAUUAAGCCUUACUUCAGUUUGUUUCAAAUCCAUCAUAUUAAGAACAAAGUUUUUUUUCAGCUUCCUUUGAGUUCAUUUCCCAAAAAUCUUCAGCUUUUUUUUUUUUUUAAUUUCUCACUCUUAACUAAAUGUUACACCAAAUGUAAAUGAUUUGGACUUCUUUACUGUCAUUAUCUUUUCUGUCCAAAUGUGAUUUUAUUUUUGGAAUAAGCUUUCCAAAGGCAUAAAUCACUGUGUUUGCCCCAACUGUUAGUUGUGAUUGCACACAGUGCGCCGUGGUACAAAUGACACAAUAUCCUGCAAACACUUACUGUCUUUUAUAAGCUACAGAACAAACAGGAAAAGGUACACUCUUUGUGCUUUUCUGAUGGAUUUGUAGUUAUUGAAAUGUGUGAGUGUGUCUUUGUAAGUGUAUUGAUAGUUAAGGUUGCUAAAGAAUAUUUUUUAAAUGCAUGCAUUGAGUGAGAGGAGAUAAGUGUACGCAAAGUGUAUUACUCUAUAUCUAAAACUUGAUCAGUGGAACAAGGUGGCCUUAAAGCAGAAGGAGGUCUUGGCUCUUUACUUGUUUCUUUUGUCCCAUCAGGUUUAUUUUCAUAAACCUUGGUACUUUUAUCAGCCCCGCAGUUCAACUGCUACAAUAAAAUGUGAUUUUUCUUUUUCAUUUCCCACAGACUUGUCUUGUCCUUUUUCUCCUCCUUUAUUUCUCAUUUUUGUACACGCUUUUGUACACACAAAUAAAUAAAAGAUAUGCUGGUGUUGAUCAA